AUGAAUAAAAUAUAAUUCCACUCUUUACAGGUAAAGGCAAGUAAAUUAGAAUUCACAAUUCCAAAACCACCAUUGAAUUAUAUUGUAAAAUAAGUUCAUCGUUUAAAAUGUGUGAUAUAGAGUAGAAAGGAUGUUGAACUCAUUAUGGAUUAGAUAAAUUUUAUUAUCGAAUUGCUAAUUGCGGGAUAGUUUGGGACGCCUUCAUUGACUUAUUUAAAUGAAUUGCGUAACACAUUAAAAUCCACAAUAAAUUCGUUUGACCAAGAUUAAUUGGGCUGUGUUUUAGCAAACAUGGAGACCCUGAAAAAGUAAACAAGCUUAGAUUAUCUAAAAGGGUUUAAAAAGGGGAGUUCUAGAAAUUUAAAAAUUGCUAAUUAACUUUAGAAAAUCUAGAAAAGAGUGCUUUCAGUAAUAAGGAAUGUGUGUGCUCAAUUUGUGUUGUUUUGGCUAGAUGAACAUCAGCCAGAAUAAAGCACAGCUUUGCGUAGUAAACGUGUAUUUGUUGAAACUAAAACACUUAUACAAAGUAAAUUAAAAGAAUUAGAUUUAUAAAAGCAUAGUAAAAUCGUAUGCCGAAUCUGCGAGUAGUUGAUAGAAGUAGAGAUAAUGGCAGCUCAUUGUAUAACAUGUGAAAGGAAGGCCGAACAAAGCAAGAAAUUAUUACAAUUAAAUUUAUAAUUAGCAGAUGCAUCUUAAUUAGCAUAUAAAUUCAAACAUGACGUUUAGAUCAAAUUGGGUAAAUUGAGCUUAUAAGAACAAAAGUAAAAUAGAUAGAAAUUGAAAAAAUAAGAGGAAGAAAAAAAACCACUAAGAUCACUUAGAAGAACACAUACAAUCCAUUUAGAAGACAAUAAACUCUAACAAGAGGAAGAUGAAAAGAAUAAAGCCAAAAAAGAAUUAGCCUUUAUAAACUCUGUGAUGACUACAAUAGUAAACUAUACUGAGAAGGUGUUAAAUAGUAAUGUUAAUAAUGAGGAUAAUAAAUUAAAUCGAAUAACAUUUGAUGAAUUAACAGAAGCUAAAUUUAAUUUAGAAAAUGAUUAAAAUAAUGACUCAGUACUUGAGAUUAUAGAUAAAGCUCGUUCUUGUAUAUAUGAUAGAAUGGAAUACUUUAAAAUUAUUUAAAAUUUGGAAUCAUAACAAAUUUAAGAAAGUUAAAAGAUAAACCAAAAAAUUGAAAUAGAUUUAAAAUAAAAAUAUAAGAAUUCUAAUUCAAGUUCAUUUAGAGUAUCCAAAUUCACUAAUAUUACCGCUACCAUCUAAUAAAAGCUUAAAAGGAAUGAUACGAUUUACGAAGAGGAUGAUGAUUAUGUUUGUUAAACUCCAAAGAAUCUAACUAACAAUAAUAAGAAGAAGAAUGUUAUGAUUAUGUCGUUAAUUAAUAAAGAUAAAUUUAAUACAUCUAACGUUGGAAGUGUAAAUGACAUUAACAGAAGAGAUAGCUUAACAACUAUGUCAAUGUCCAGAUCCUAGGUGCUUGGAAGUAAUUAAAUGAAAAGGACAUUUUUAUCAAAAAACAAUCCCGAAGAGCCACCUCAAUUACAAUCGAAUCCAGGGUCAAAGAUAUUGGAUAAAAUUGCAAAUCUAUCUAAUUCUUCUGAUACACUAAUUAGUCCAAAAUCUAAUAAACCCUCUAUAUUCAGAAGAGCUCAAUCCCCUACAGCUGUUGAUUCAGUAAUUGAGUCUUCUAAUUAAUCUCCAACAGGAAGAAUGGGAUCAUCGGACUUUUAGGAUGAAACUCCUAGAAAUUAGAAGAUUUGCUCUUUUGCAGAUUUUGCACAAUGUGAUUCCGAUUAAGAAAUUCCUAUGAAAAAAUAGUUAAUACCAUCAAUAGGACUUGGUAGAUAAGUAGAUUCGAUUGAAGAUUUAUAGAAAGACAAAGAAGGAAAUGCAAUAAAUUCAUUUGAAAAUAUUAAAUAAUGUGAAUCUGAUGAAGAACUAAAUUAAGUCUAGAAUUCAAAUCCAAACUCCAAUCAAGAAUUGAAAAAAUCUUAAUAAAACAAUAUGAAGAACAGUGACAGAAAUAUGAUGAUGAAAGGCAGUAGAAAAUUACCAAUAUCGUUUAAUUAACAAGAGCCACAAAAACCCUUACACAUUGAACUAGGAGCAAGAAUGGAAACAGAAUAAAUAAUUGAAGAAUCACCUAACUAAAUUUCACCUUAAAAUCUAGAGGCACCUCAAGAUGCGAGUCCAAAUUAUUCAUCCUCCAGUGCAAAAAAAGCUAAUAUUAAAUAGAAUGAAACUAAUGAUGAUAAUGAUGAUAAUGACUUUGAUCAUUCUUUGAGUAAACCAAAAAAAAGUUUAUUCUAUCCUUAAAAUUCAAUGAAUAAUAAUAUGAAAUAAAGUAUGGCUGUGGUUCCAUAGAAAUCCAAAUAAUCAUUUGACUUCGAAGUCAUCACAGUUGAUAGAGGCUAUAAUUCAGAUUCUGAACUAGUGAGUAUAAAUGCUGAAAAAGCAAAUUAAUCCUAAGAGAUUGGCUUGAAAGAUUUUGAAUUUAUAAAACCUCUUGGACAAGGAGCAUUUGGAUGGGUAUUUUUAGUGAAGAAGAAGACUUCAGGGGAUUUAUAUGCUAUGAAAAUAAUUGAUUGCUCUCAAAAAUAAUUGGAGACUUAGUUAGACACUUUAAAAGCAGAAAGAAAUAUUUUUGAAAUUUUAUCUGGAGAUUUUGUAGUUAAAGCCUAUUAUUCAUUCAGCCAUGAAUAAAAUUUAUGCUUUGUCUAAGAAUAUAUGGUAGGAGGAGAUUUCUCACAUAUUCUAAAGAUGUAUACGGCUUUAGACGAGGAAUACGUCAAGCAUUAUGUAGCUGAAGUCGUAUUGGCUUUAGAAUAUUUGAGAUCCAAAAAGAUUGUCCAUAGAGAUUUAAAACCAGAUAAUAUACUAUUGGAUAAACAAGGCCAUGCUAAAUUAGCUGAUUUUGGUUUAUCAGAGGUUGGCUUUAAUAAUAGAUUAAAAUUAAAAUUAAGAUAAUAGGACAUUGAAGCAAACACAAUUCCUGAAUUUGCUGAUCAUAAUGAUCCAUAAUAUAAUACUGUCUUUGAUCUGAAAUUACCCUAAGCUUAGCAAGCCGUCAGAGCAAGCAUUCAAAAUUAUAGUAGUAAAAACAAAAGAAUUGUUGGAACUCCUGAUUAUAUUGCUCCAGAAGUCUUAAAAGGGGAAUCCUUAACAAAUAGCAGUUUAGAUUAUUGGAGUUUGGGUGUCAUAAUGUAUGAAAUGCUUUGCGGAAUACCUCCCUUCAAUGAUGAUUCUGUUGAGAAGAUCUUUGAUAACAUUUUGAAUUACAGAAUUGAAUGGCCAAAUGUAAGUGAUAUUGAAGAGGAAAGCAUAUCUCACAAUGCCUAUGAUCUCAUGUGUCGAUUAAUGGAACCUGAUUACAACAAAAGAAUUGGACACCAAGACAUUAAUGAAAUAAAAAAGCAUCCAUUUUUUGAAGGUAUUAACUGGAACACAAUACUUUCUAUGCCUGGUUUGAUUGUACCCAAAAUGGUAUUAAAAGAAGGUGAAGCUGAUGGCAAAAAUUGUGAAAAAGUCUAAUAGUUCUUAAACAACUUAGAAAAGAAGGAAGUUAAAAAUUAAACUUUAGCAUAAAAGUUGAAGAGUUAACUAUCCAACUUAGAAAGAUUAGAUUUAUUAGUUAAAUUAAGUUUAGAAGAAGCAAAUGAUAAGCUCUCUAAAAUUAGGAUGGAGGAAAACAAAUUAAAAAGAACCUUAAACAAAAUUGAUCAUUAUGAACAAGAACAUGAAGUUUAAAUGUUACUUUUGUAUGAAGAUGUUUUCUGA